AGAAACUGAGUCGUGAUCAUCCGGUCGGGCCGUGGGUGGAUAGCCUUCCCUAUUUACCUUCCCCUUCGCUCAGAUUAUUGUCGUGCCAGCUUGCUGAGUGGCUACAUGGACGACUGUUAUUCGCCGUUUUGGGGGUAACGUCUCUCGCUUGCUUCUCGACGUGUGUGUGUGACAGAAACGCUGGGGAUGUCCCCUGAUUGUUCGGCCGAACAACAGACCGAGCGUCGUUUUCCAGGCUAAGCUAACAGCAGCACGGCGUCACGGGUGGGGGUGGAUUUCUAUAUUUCGGCCCUCGGUAAGCAAAUAUAAAUAACGUCUCAGGAGUGUGUUGUGAAACAAUGACAAGCACAGGAAGCAGAUGUAAUGGAGGCGAGCUUCUCGGAGGGGACGACAUGUCAGUGGAUGAGUGUCUGUUGAACUGAAGAGGUGUGAAGUACUCCAGCUAGCGGAGCUACUCAGCUAAAUUCAUCAAGGAAGUUGACUAGCCACCUUGCUAACUCGGCGACAAAUGUAUUACUGGACUAAGGGUCGUCUUAAACGUCUGAGUUAUUAAUAUAUUUAAAGACUAACACUGCAGGCUAGUAAUGCAAUUUUUAAAGCUGAACUCUAGAAAGUCACACAUUUUCGUGGACUUUUAACCUAAACGCUCGCUAACGUUAGUUGUUUUGAGCUUGUUGUAAACAAAGGGUCCCCAGCUCCACCUGUCCUGUCCACAGCAACGUUACACCUUGAGAUAUCGCUGACCGAUUGUUUCACGGACAUCGUUGCCUUUUUAAUUGACAGUGAAACUAAAUCUGAGAAAUGGAUUUAAAGACAGCAGUGUUUAACGCAGCCAGGGACGGUAAGCUCCGGCUGCUCCAGAAACUGUUGGAGAACAAAGAUGGACACGAGGUGACUAAAUUGAUGGGUGAGAAGACAAACGGGGCCACCCCGCUUCUGAUGGCCUCCCGGUACGGCCACCUGGACCUGGUGGAGUAUCUUCUGGAGUGCUGCAGCGCUCCUGUUGAGGUCGGUGGGUCGGUGAACUUUGAUGGGGAGACCAUCGAGGGGGCACCCCCUCUCUGGGCAGCCUCGGCGGCGGGUCACCUAAAGGUGGUCCAGUCUCUGCUGGGUCACGGAGCUUCUGUCAACAGCACUACCCUGACCAACUCAACACCCCUAAGGGCAGCCUGCUUUGACGGCCACCUGGACAUUGUGAAAUACCUAGUGGAGCACAAAGCUGACCUGGAGGUGGCCAACAGACACGGCCAUACGUGUCUCAUGAUUUCCUGCUACAAGGGACACAAGGAGAUCGCACAGUACCUGCUGGAGAGAGGGGCAGAUGUCAACAGGAAGAGUGUAAAAGGAAACACAGCGCUCCAUGACUGUGCAGAGUCAGGCAGCCUGGAGAUCAUGCGGAUGUUGCUGCAGUUUGGAGCAUCGAUGGAGCAGGACGGCUACGGCAUGACACCUCUGCUCUCUGCCAGCGUCACAGGCCACACUAACAUCGUAGACGAUCUGACAGCGCAUCCUCAGGUCAGAGCAGUUGUCUAUAUAGAUGUAUGUGAGAUUAUGGCUAUGAUUUCAAUUUAUUUUAAAGAAAAUUUGAAAAAAAUGUUCUUUUCUUUGCAGACAAGCCCCAGUGAGCGCAUUGAUGCUCUGGAGCUCCUGGGAGCCACAUUUGUUGACAAGAAGAGAGAUCUGCUCGGAGCUUUAAAAUACUGGAAGAGAGCCAUGGACCUCAGGUACAUGGACAGUAACAACAUUGUCCAUAAAGCAGAACCCAAGCAGCUGAUCAUGGCAUACGACUACGCCAGGGAGGUAACAAAUGGAGAAGAGCUGGAUGGCCUUAUAUCUGACCCGGAUGAGAUGCGCAUGCAAGCACUGCUCAUCCGUGAAAGAAUCCUCGGCCCACAACAUCCAGACACGUCUUAUUACAUCCGUUACAGAGGUGCUGUGUACGCUGACUCUGGGAACUUUGAGCGCUGUAUCAAUCUGUGGAAGUAUGCGUUGGACAUGCAGCAGAGCAAUCUGGACCCCCUCAGCCCCAUGACGGCCUCAAGCCUGCUGUCGUUCGCUGAGCUCUUCUCCUUCAUGUUACAGGACAGAGCCAAAGGGCUCCUGGGGACAUCAGUGUCAUUUGAGGACUUAAUGGGGAUCCUUUCCAAGAGCGUGUUGGAGAUUGAGCGGGCGGUUAAACAAAAUGGACCGAUGCCUCCUGACCCUGCCCAGCUCAGCAAGGCCUUGUCAAUCAUCCUCCACCUCAUUUGUCUUUUAGAGAAAGUGCCCUGUACUGCGGAGCAGGACCACUUCAAGAAGGAAACCAUCUAUAAAUUCCUGAAGCUCCAGCCGUGUGGUAAGAACGGCUACAGUCCACUACACCUGGCAGUCGACCGCAACACCACCUGUGUGGGCCGCUAUCCAGUCUGCAAGUUCCCCUCCCUCACAGUCGCCUCCAUCCUUCUCGAGUGUGGGGCAGAUGUGAACAGCCGCGAUGAAGAUGACAACAGCCCCCUUCAUAUAGCCGCAUCAAAUGGCCAUCCUGACAUCAUGAACCUGCUGAUAUCAUGUGGGACUCACUUUGACAGCACCAACGCCUUCCAACAAACGGCCUGUGACCUCCUGGACGAGAAGGAACUGUCCAGGAAUAUAAUCCAGCCCAUAAACCACACCACGCUGCAGUGCCUGGCCGCCAGGGCCAUCGUCAAGCACAGCCUCGACUACCGGGGAAACAUCCCUGAGAAAUUAGAGGCGUUUGUCUUGCUCCACAGAUAAUGAUCGUGAAGGCAGCGAAGGGAAAAGAGGAGGGGGUGUGAUCACACCAAGGUGGACAGAGGAGCAUUACAGUUCAAGGCCUGACCAGCAAGGUGUUUACGGAGCUGAAAGACACAAUUUUGUGGGUUAGGUUUGCAAAUUCAAACUAUUUGGAGUGUAUGAACUGGAAGAUUCGUAUGAACAAAAAUGUCCUCAAUCACCCAGGACAAACUGAAAAAUGAUCAGUGUAAAUGGAAGAAUGAGCUAUCAUUUUCUUCCUCUGUUUGCUCUUUCAUGGAGCCACAGCUCUGACUGGUCACAGCCUGAUCUGUGGGGAUGUAUUACGAGUGGAUUGCAACAUGGACAAACACAGAUGUAUCUCUGGAUGAACUGAACAAGGGGUUUACGUAUUUUUGCUUUAGUAAAAUUAGAUUUUUUUUUUGCAUAUUCCACUAUGCUAUUUAUUGAAUGAAACUUGAGAGAUUUUUCUCCAUGCUGGCUCCAACCCAGCCUCAACUUUGCCUGCUUCUGUCUUUUCAAAGCAAGGACUGAGGCAUUUCUACAUAUGCUGGGACUUCAGGUUAUUUUUUUGUUUGUCCCAUCACUGUUGCCAACAGUCAUGGACCCUUCCUCAGUCAUCAAUAUCUUUUUUUGUACUUUUACAAAACAUUUAGUUUUUGUCAUGCAACUCUGGAUAUCUGCCAAGUGGUGUGGAUUCUAGACUAAUUUGUCGUUCCCACUUUAGUGUAUAACAAAGCUUUACGAGAAGGGUUUAAUGUCUGCGAACACCUUAAGUGCUUUAUUCUUCCUAUGCACAGGCUAGGCUGUUGGAAAGAGAGACUGUUGUAUUCUGUGCCGGCACUUGUCUGUGCAAUAUCUCAUGAGUUUUUGUGUUUACCUCAUUGCUGCCGUUUCCUUCAGUAUCCCCUAACUUCACCCAGAGAAGGGGGGUGAGGGGUGCAAAACCAUUGUACUGAUUGUUGUAAGAAGUGUGAAUGAAUUUGAGUGAUUGUGUAUGUCUGUAUGUGUGUGAGUGCCACGCAGUGUGUUUCUUCAGAGUGUUUUUGAGCUUACACAAAUUAUUGAGGACAAGAGUUUGGUGAAGUGGCACUCAUGGAGAUUCCAUAAUGCACAUGACUGCCACUAGAAACCACAGCGGCCAAACUCGGUGUCUACAACCACUGGAGUGUGCAGGCUUGUACACAGAAGUGACCUCUUAACGUUCAUACACGGCCGACCUUCUAAAAUGCCAUCGUUCUUUUGAUAAUCGUGAUCGAAAAGAAAAAUCUACGUAGGUUAACAACAUUGGCCCACUGUGCAUGUGCAGCAGCAGCAGCAUCACAAUUAACCAAUCACUGCAGAGAACCUUUCAUUACAACACCUAGACUACAAACUAGACUACAGCUGGGAUAGUUCUGCUCAUUUUGUACAACUAUCAUCUAAUUGUAUGAGAAACUGAAGACACAAAUGAGCGUGAGGACACCUUGACAUACAGAAUAGUAAAGCUUUGUGAAUUAUCUUGUUUGCACAUUAGCUUUAGAUGUGUGGGUUGAAAAAAGGGCUUUUCAUAAUUCAUAGGAUUUCAUAUUGCAGUCUAUUUAACCUGACAGUUCAAAACCAGACAUAGAAAAUGUAUGAGGACUCCCAGGGCAACUUGAUUUGAAUCUGCACUUUACCACAGCGGAGUUUAAGAUUUGAUAUGGCAUUAAUCAAGUUCAUGUCUUAAUAACCAGUUUGACAAUAAACCCAUGUUGCACUUGU